ACAUACCGGCGUCUUUCUUUGAAAACCCCCCCCUUGCCCCAUUCUCUCUUCUUGCUCUGUCCGUGUAUAAUUCUUUACACAAAGAUUAACUCUGAAAUUUGAGCACACAACAAGUCUCCCCUAUUAUCGAUAUAGCUUCGGAAGUAAUACGUAUAUAUACAUAUUCUCUCUUUAUAUAUACUUAGUAUUCUCAUUCACACACACAUGGAUUUCAAGAAAGAGAGAGAAAAGAUGGGAGGAGAUGAAGGGAGAGAAGGCGAUUGGGAGUGCAGUGGAUGUGGGAACAGAAAUUACGCCUUCAGAUCAUUUUGCAAUAGGUGUAAGCAGCCUCGCCUUCUCGUCGACACCAAAACCCCUGCCGAUUCUAAAUGGCUUCCUCGCAUUGGCGAUUGGAUCUGCACUGGUUGCACUAACAACAAUUAUGCAUCAAGAGAAAAGUGCAAUAAGUGCGGGCAACCAAAGGAGGUAGCAGCAAUGCCGGCAAUUGCAAUGCCUGGAGGUUCUCUCAAAACCCAUCCACAUUAUUUUGUCCGGGCAAGAGGAGAACCAGAGCAACAGAUGAAUAUCGGAUUGUUAGGCAAUGGAGCUUUGCAACAGUCACUACCUUUGAGUUUUAACUGGUCUAUAGGAGGAGCUGAUACAUAUGGAGUUCAGCUGGCUUCUACUUGUCCUCCAGGUGUAAACCAUCGUUCUGGGCUUCCAUAUGCCAAUCAAGCGAAUCAGCUUCUUAUGGCUCCUAAAGGAUGGCGCAAUGGUGACUGGAUCUGCAGCUGUGGCUUCCACAAUUAUGCUUCUCGUGGACAGUGCAAAAAAUGCAAUACUUCUAUGCCUCCAGCACUCGGAACAAAGAGAUUAGCAUCUGAAGAAUUUGCUCAUGACUGGAAUAGCAAGAGAUUAAAUGCAGGACCUACACCACAUGGCUUGCAGCAAGCAUACCCCCCUGGAUUCGAGCAAAUGGCAGUUUCUGAUGGUAAUCAAGCAAAUGGUUUGUAUCCCCCUUAUCCCAGCGGAAGCUCAGCAGCUGCUCCAAAUUUUCAAGUCACCCUGCAGUUACCUCAUCCAGUGACAACACCUACAAUCCUUGGGAAAGGAGCAAAGCAAUGGCGUGAUGGGGAUUGGAUGUGCACAAACUGCAACAAUCACAAUUAUGCAUCACGAGCCGAAUGUAAUAGGUGCAAGACUCAGAGAGAUGGAUUUUCUCAAGAAUCUCGGCUAGUCAGUGUCUCAUAGCUGAAAAGUCAUGGAGGGUUACAUUGUCAUAGCAUCAAAUAGCACAUGCCUGGGUUUUCUAUCAUGCUGGUGAGAGAUUUUAAAAUUGUUAUAGGCUAAUUUUUUUCUUCAGUACCAGGAAUGUAAUGGCCAGUUCAAUGGUUUUUGUCUCAUGGAGUGUGGGCAAUAAUGACAUGAAUCCAUAAACCUCAGCUUGUGUUCUUGCUAUUAGUGUUAGAACCUAAGAUGAUAUCACAAUAUUGCAGAUAAGGAAUAGAUGUACAUCUUAGUCUUAGAAUUUGCACACAAUGCUGCAAAAUUUAACAAGAGAAUAAAAAUGUUUUCUUAGUUUUUAUCUA